AUGCCGUCCUCAUCCUCCUCCCACCGGCACCACCACCACAGCAGCAGCAGCCAGCAGAGCAGCACCUGGCAAGACCGGCUAGAAGAGGCAUGCCGCGAGUACCAGAUCCACCCUCCAGACUACCAGCUCGUGUCUGACAGACGAGGUGGCCGCACAGCCUGGUCCAGCAGAGUAACGGUAUACGGCAAGUGCAUCGAUGCGCGCUUUUGGUACGACGGCAAAAACCUCAACAACGCCAAGGAGGACGCCGCCGAGGUGGCGCUGAACUGGCUGGCCAGCAACUCAAACCUCAGCAGCGGCUGGUGA